AUGUUUUCACAACAACAGCUUAUUGGGUCAUUUUUCAAGAAUGCUGCUGGAUUUCUCUUUGUUGCUACUGCUACCGUCUUAAAUGAAAGCGCGGAUAAGAAUAUUACUCUCUGGUGCAGAUCAAGCAAACUACCAGCUUGCAUGCACAUGCGUUAUCAGCUGCGUCAUGUCACACAGGUCAAUUACCUUAUGAAUGAAAUGUCCGUGCUUUCCGCCCAUUCGCUGCAAGCAAAGGCCAGUUUGCACAUCUUUAACCUUGUCUCAAGCAAAUCGUUGCAUACAUAA